AGCUGCUUAGAGGUCAUCUUAGAACUAAAUUCCAAAGAAAUACUUUUAGGCUGAUAAAGAGUCUAGAAAAAGGAGGAGGGAGAGGAAAAGAAAAAAUUAGAUUAGUGUACAGAAUGGUAGCUAUUUGCAGCUCACCCAGGUGUGCUCUGAAGGUCAAAACCCUACAUCAGCAAUUCGUAGCAAACUCUUGAGCUCCUCUACCUCUUAGAAAGCACAAUUGAAUCAGAUACCAUGCGAAAGACAUACACACAUCAUAUAAUGCUACCUGCAAGUCUCCCUAGAAAAGCAGUUUUUGUAGGUGAAAACAAUGAAGCCAGGUAAUAUUCCAAGGAGGCUGUAAUUUUAGCAGACCUACCAACAGCACUGAUGUAGGAAGCUCAUUAUUUUAAUUUCUGGAGCCUUUUAAUUUUUUCUUUAGAAAGUGUAUAAAUAGUUGCAGUGCUGCUUUGCUUCCAAAACUGGGCGGUGAGUUCAACAGCGACAACAGCAGCAGCAGCUCUUAUCCUGGUCGUCAUGGAGUUUCUUGAGAGAACUUAUCUGGUGAAUGAUAAAGCUGCCAAGAUGUAUGCUUUCACCCUAGAAAGUGUGGAACUCCAACAGAAACCGGUGAAUAAAGAUCAAUGUCCCAGAGAGAGACCAGAGGAGUUGGAGUCAGGAGGCAUGUACCACUGCCACAGUGGCUCCCAGCCCACAGAGAACAGGGCGAAUGAGCACGCCUAUGCCAAGUGGAAGCUCUGUGCUGCUUCAGCAAUAUGCUUCAUUUUCAUGAUUGCAGAGGUCGUGGGUGGGCACUUCGCUGGGAGUCUUGCUGUUGUCACAGAUGCUGCCCACCUCUUAAUUGACCUGACCAGUUUCCUGCUCAGUCUCUUCUCCCUGUGGUUGUCAUCGAAGCCUCCCUCUAAGCGGCUGACGUUUGGAUGGCACCGAGCAGAGAUCCUUGGUGCCCUGCUCUCCAUCCUGUGCAUCUGGGUGGUGACUGGCGUGCUGGUGUACCUGGCGUGUGAGCGCCUGCUGUAUCCCGAUUACCAGAUCCAGGCGACUGUGAUGAUCAUCGUUUCCAGCUGCGCAGUGGCAGCCAACAUUAUACUAACUGUGGUUUUGCACCAGAGACGCCUUGGCCACAAUCACAAGGAAGUGCAAGCCAAUGCCAGCGUCAGAGCUGCUUUUGUGCAUGCCCUUGGAGAUCUAUUUCAGAGUAUCAGUGUGCUAAUUAGUGCACUUAUUAUCUACUUUAAGCCAGAGUAUAAACUAGCUGACCCAAUCUGCACAUUCAUCUUUUCCAUCCUGGUUUUGGCCAGCACCAUCACUAUCUUAAAGGACUUCUCCAUCUUACUCAUGGAAGGUGUGCCAAAGAGCCUGAAUUACAAUGGUGUGAAAGAGCUUAUUUUAGCAGUCGACGGGGUGGUGUCUGUGCACAGCCUGCACAUCUGGUCUCUAACAAUGAAUCAAGUAAUUCUCUCAGCUCAUGUUGCUACAGCAGCCAGCCGGGAGAGCCAAGUGGUUCGGAGAGAAAUUGCUAGAGCCCUCAGCAAAAGCUUUACGGUGUACUCACUCACCAUUCAGAUGGAAUCUCCAGUCGACCAGGAUCCAGACUGCCUUUUCUGUGAAGACCCCCGUGACUAGCUCAGUCACAUGUCAGCUUCCCAAAUUUGACAGGCGGCCUUCAAACAUGCUGCUAUGCAGUUUCUGCAUCAUAGAAAAUAAGGAACCAAAGGAAGCAAUUCAUGUCAUGGUGCAAUGCACAUUUUAUCUAUUUAGUUAGCUCCAUUCACCAUGAAGGAAGAGGCACUGAGAUCCAUCAAUCAGUUGGAUUAUAUACUGAUCAGUAGCUGUGUUCAAUUACAGGAAUGUGUAUAUAGAUUAUUCCUGAGUGGAGCCGAAAUAACAGCUGUUUGUAACUAUCGGCAGUACAAAAUUCAUCUCCCUUCCAAUAAUGCAUCUUGAGGACACAUAGGUAAAUUUGAACUCAGGAAAGUCUUACUAGAAAUCAGUGGAAGGGAAAAAUAGUCACAAAAUUUUCCCAAAACAUGAGAAACAAAAAAUAAGGAGAGCCAAGUCAGGAAUAAAAUGACUCUGUAUGCUAACACCCCAUUAGAACUUCGUUCUCUCACUAAGCUGUAAUGUGAUUUUUUUUUUUCUACUCUGAAUUGGAAAUAUAUAUGAAUAUACAGAGAGGCACUUAAACUAAUUUUUAUUUACUUGUCACAUUUUGGCAAUAAAUCCCUCUUAUUUCUAAAUUCUAACUUGUUUAUUUCAAAACUUUAUGUAAUCACUGUUCAAAAGAAAAUAUUUUCACCUACCAGAGUGCUUAAACACUGGCACCAGCCAAAGAAUGUGAUUGUAGAGACCCAGCAGUCUUCAAGAACAGCCGACAAAAACAUUGGAGUUGACCCCAGCAAGUUGUUGCUACAGAUAAUUUAGAUAUUUACCUGCAAGAAGGAAUAAAGCAGAUGCAACCGAUUCAUUCAGUCCACGAGCAUGAUCUGAGCACUGCUUUGUACUAGACAUUGGGCUUAGCAUUGGAACUAUAAAGAGGAAUCAGAUGUAGCAAGUGCUUCUAUGUCCUGGUAGCAACUCAACACUAUCUGUGGAGAGUAAACUAAAGAUAUGCAGGCCAACAUUCUGGAAAUCCUAUGUCAAUGGGUUUGGUUUGGAACCUGGACUUCUACAUUUUUAAAAGUUACCCAGAGAUGCUUCUAAAGAUGAGCCAUAGUCUAGAAGAUUGUCAACCACAGGAGGUCAUUGAGUGGGACAGCUAGACACAUACACAGGCAGCUACAGUAAUAUCUUGAAUUGCAGUGAUGUAGUGGGGUAUAAAAGGAAAGCGAUAGAUAUUGCUGGAUGGGCAUGGCCAGUGAGGUUUCAUGUCACUGAGGUGACAACCCUGUUGGACUCUGAAUUACAUAUGGAGGUUCUCCAGGCAGAUGAAGAAGAGAAGGCAUUCUAGACAAAAGGAAGACUAGGCGCAAGGCACACUUAUGUUUGUCUGUUAGCUUUUAGUUGAAAAAGCAAAAUACGUGAUGCAAAGAAAACUCUCCACGCUGUGAUUUUUAAAACUACAUACUUUUUGCAACUUUAUGGUCAUGAAUAUUGUAGAGAACAGGAGAUAGGUCUUAGAUUAUUUUUAUGCUGUUGUCAGACUCUAGCAGGGUACUAGAAACCUAGCAGGCAUUAAUAAUUGUUGAGGCAAUGACUCUGAGACUAUAUCUGGGCCUUGUCAUUAUUUAUCAUUUAUAUUUGUAUUUUUUUUCUGAAAUUUGAGGGCCAAGAAAACAUUGACUUUGACUGAGAAGGUCACAUCUGUGCCAUCUCUGCAAAUCAAUCAGCACCACUGAAAUGGCUACUUAGCAUUCUGCUGAGCUUUCCCUGCUCAGUUGAAAUGAAUAUACUCAUCCCUCACCUCAAUGAGCAUGUUUAGGCAACCAGGAUUAGAGCCCCUCAGGUUCCCAGUGUCUCCUGCCACAUCCGAUUCUCAAAAUGGAAAGAAUGGUUUAUGCCAAAUCAUUUUUCCUGUCUCAAGGACCACUGAAUGGUUUUGCUUUUCCAUAUUUUGCAUAGGACACCCUAAAGACUAGGUGACUUGGCAAACACACAAGUUUUAGUAUAAUUCUUUGCUUCUGCUUCCUUUUGAAACCCAUGUUUAGAUUUGAUUUUAUAUCAGAAAUUCACUGAAUGUCAGGUAAUCAUUAGGGAGGGAGAUUUGUGUGUCAACCAAAGGAAUUGUCCCAUGGGUGCAGGGUGUUUCUGCUGUUUGCCUGAAAUUCUGCUUUUUUAGUGAGCUAGACUGAAAACUCUGAACAGUAGAUGUUUAUGUGGCAAAAUGCAAGGCAAUCUACAACAGAGAUUUUAAGGAUUUUGAGAUGAAAAAACAGAUGCUACUCAGGGGCUUUACGCACCAUCCAUCAAUUCUGAAGUUCUGACUCCCAUUACCAUUUCCCUAGUGUGGUUAGAACUCCAGGCCACCAGAAGUAAGUGGAAUAAUGUAGUUGAAUUCUUUACUUCAUGGUGUUGUAUCCUCUGCAGCUAUCAAGACGUUAAUGAUCUUCUAUGUCUUUUCUCAGUAUUAUUAUACUUCAAGUUCUGGGGUAUAUGUGCAGAACAUGUAGGUUUGUUACAUAGGUAUACACAUGCCAUGGUGGUUUGCUGCACUCAUCAACCGGUCAUCUACAUUCCUUUAUGUCUUUCAAAGCAACACUCUAUUCUUCUGAGUGGUGAAAUCAGGUCAACUUUACCACCACCCUCCAUUUUUAAUAUGCUUCACCGUCAUCCAGCACCCACUUAAGAUUUAUCUAGGGCUCUAUGGUGAUGUUAGGACCCAUAAAAGAAAUGUAUGCCUUCCAUAUGUUUGGUUACAGAUGGGAAAUGGGAAUGUUGAAGGACAUGAAAGAAAGGAUGUUUACACAUUAAGCAUCAGUUCUCAAGCUAGAUUGCCUGAGUUUGAAUCUUAGCUCUUCCCUUUAUUAGCUCUGUGACCUCAAGCUAGUUACUUAAAUGCCCUGAUCCUCUAUUUCCUGAUCAGUAAAACCUCCCUGUUCAAAUGUGUGAGAGUUUAAUAAAUUAGGACACUUUAAAAGGUUGGAGCUGUGCAUAGCACGUAGUUAGCAUUCAGUACAUGUUAACUGUUAGUUUUUAUUAUGUACAAACAUGAGUGGGCACAGAAUUUUAAAUCAUCUAAACUUUUGAGAAAUUUUGAGUUAUCAACACAGUUCCCACAAGACAGCGGCAAAAUUAUUGGUGAGAAUUAAACAGCUGUUUCUCUGAGGAAGCAAUGGAGGCUUGCUGGGAUGAAGGCAUUUACUGAGAGGCUGUUACCUAGUGAGAGUGAUGAAUUAAUUAAAAUAGUCGGAUCCCUUUCUGACUCUCUCUGAAAGCUUCCACUUUUAUCUUUGAAAAGCAGAAUUGUCACUCCAAGGACAUUUAUUAACAAAAAGUACAACUGUCCAGUGCGAUGAAGACAAAGUCAUAGGUCUCCCAAGUCUUACACUAUUCCUGUGAAAUAUCAUGUCCUUGGCUUUUCUCUGUCAUGUAGCCUCAACUUUCUCUGACCAGGUGCAUUUCCUUCUCUGGUUUCUGAAUUGCCAGGGGCAAAUUUGGAUCACUUAAUAUCUGUUAAAUUUUGUGACCUGACAAAAGUCUCUUAGCACUGUAGUGUUAAAAAGAAAAACACCUCCCAGGCAUAUACAUUUUAUAGAUUCCUGGAGAAUGUUGCUCUCCAGCUCCAUCCCCACCCAGUGAAAUAAGAUCCAGAGAGUCUUGCAAAGAGACAAGCCUCAUUUUCCACAAUUAGCUCUAAAGUGCCUCCAGGAAAUGAUUUUCUCAGCUCAUCUCUCUGUAUUCCCUGUUUUGGAUCACAGGGCAAUCUGUUUAAAUGACUAAUUACAGAAAUCAUUAAAGGCACCAAGCAAAUGUCAUCUUUGAAUACCCACAUCCCAAGUUUUACAAAUCCUGCCUGGCUUGACAGUGAUGAGGCCACUUAACAGUCCAGCGCAGGCGGAUGUUAAAAAAAAUAAAAAGGUGACCAUCUGCGGUUUAGUUUUUUAACUUUCUGAUUUCACACUUAACGUUUGUCAUUCUGUUACUGGGCACCUGUUUAAAUUCUAUUUUAAAAUGUUAGUGUGUGUUGUUUAAAAUAAAAUCAAGAAAGAGAG